GAGGAAGUGACGCAGCCCAAUGGCCCUGCUCCGACUCUGGCGGGGAUGAGCGGCUGUAUGUCCGUCCAUCCAUCCAUCCGGGGGUUGCAUUGACAAUGAACACCGGGUCCAGGCGGCGGUGCCGGAGCAGCUCACACACGGCGUUCGGCGGCGCCGGCAGGAACCGGCCGUAAAGUGCGGCCAGACUUCUGCGAUCGGACACAUGCAGGCCAAAAAACGCUACCUUCUGCUGUCAGCCGGCGCCGGUCUGCUGUUGCUCAUCUACCUGGCGGGAGUGCGGAUCGGGCGGCUGUCCGCAGCGAGGAGGCAGAACCGACGGUGGGCUGCGGCCGAUGGCUCCCCGUCGGCUCCCGACCGCUGGCCUGAGUGGUCCAACUCGUUGCAGGGUUUCUCGGUCGGGGACCAGCCCGAGAAUGAGGAGUUCAGUCAACGCGGCUCUCCCCGGCACAAGAGGGAGAUUAAUACCAGCGUGUACAAGGGUAAGAAGUGCCGCAUGGACUCUUGCUUUGACUUUUCUCUGUGUCACAAAAACGGUUUCAAAGUCUACGUCUACCCGCAGCAGAAAGGGGAGAAAACGUCCGAGAGUUACCAAAACAUCCUGGCAGCCAUCGAAAACUCCAAGUUCUAUACCUCGGACCCGAGACAGGCUUGUCUCUUCGUGCUAAGUUUGGACACUUUAGAUCGCGAUCAGCUUUCGCCUCAGUACGUACAUAACCUAAAAACUAAAGUUCAGAGUCUAUACUUGUGGAACAAUGGCAGGAACCAUUUGAUUUUUAAUCUCUAUUCGGGAACUUGGCCCGAUUACACGGAAGACCUGGGCUUCGAUAUCGGCCAGGCGAUGUUAGCUAAAGCCAGCAUCAGUACUGAAAAUUUCAGGAGCAAUUUUGACGUUUCCAUACCACUCUUUUCUAAAGAGCACCCAAGGACCGGAGGAGAAAAGGGUUAUAUGCUUUUCAACAACAUCCCUCCUAUGAGAAAGUACUUACUGGUAUUUAAAGGGAAAAGGUAUUUGACUGGCAUUGGCUCUGAUACCAGGAAUGCCUUAUAUCAUGUCCAUAAUGCAGAGGAUAUUGUCCUCUUAACGACCUGUAAACAUGGAAAAGACUGGCAGAAACAUAAAGAUGCCCGCUGUGACAAAGACAACAGUGAAUAUGAAAGAUAUGAUUAUCGUGAAAUGUUGCAUAAUUCCACCUUCUGUUUGGUUCCACGUGGUCGUAGAUUGGGAUCUUUCCGGUUUCUGGAGGCUUUACAGGCUGCAUGUAUUCCAGUGAUGCUAAGUAAUGGAUGGGAACUUCCGUUUUCAGAAGUCAUUGACUGGAACCAAGCUAUUGUUGUUGGAGAUGAAAGGUUAUUGCUGCAGAUACCUUCAACAAUAAGGUCUAUUAACCAUGACAAAAUCCUAGCACUUAAGCAACAGACACAGUUCUUAUGGGAUGCGUAUUUUUCUUCAGUUGAGAAGAUAGUAUUGACUACGUUAGAAAUAAUUCAAGAUCGAAUUCUUAACCAUAUAUCUCGCAAUGGUUUAAUUUGGAAUAAACCUCCAGGAGGAUUAUUUAGUCAACCCCAGUAUUCAACGUAUCUAGGAGAUUUUCCUUUUUAUUAUUCCUAUUUGGGUAUAAAGCCUUCAGCUAAGUUUACUGCCGUCAUCCAUGCCGUGACUCCGCUGGUUUCGCAGUCACAGCCAAUAUUAAAGCUCCUAGUAGCUGUUGCUAAGUCCCAAUAUUGUGCCCAGGUUAUUGUGUUAUGGGACUGUGACAAACCUUUGCCAGCCAAACAUCGGUGGCCCUCCACUGCUGUCCCUGUAUUGGUAAUCGAAGGGGAAAAUAAAGUUAUGAGCAGUCGUUUUCUUCCCUACGAUGCCAUCAAUACACAUGCAGUACUUAGCCUUGAUGAAGACACUGUUCUUUCUACCACUGAGGUGGAUUUUGCCUUCAUUGUGUGGCAAAGCUUCCCUGAGAGAAUUGUGGGAUACCCAGCUCGCAGUCAUUUCUGGGACAGCACUAAGGAAAGAUGGGGCUACACGUCUAAAUGGACCAAUGAUUACUCUAUGGUCCUAACAGGCGCUGCUUUCUACCAUAGGUACUACCAUUACCUGUAUACUCAUUAUCUGCCUUCCAGUCUAAAAAACAUGGUGGAUCAACUGGCCAACUGUGAAGACAUACUAAUGAACUUCUUGGUUUCAGCUGUCACCAAGCUGCCUCCUGUUAAGGUCACUCAGAAAAAACAGUAUAAAGAGACAAUGAUGCAACAGUCCUCCAGAGCUUCCCGAUGGGCUGACCCUGAUCAUUUUGCUCAACGGCAAACCUGCAUGAACACAUUUGCAACUUGGUUUGGAUCCAUGCCUUUGAUCCACUCCCAGAUGAGACUAGAUCCAGUUCUCUUCAAAGAUCAGGUCUCCAUACUGAGAAAGAAGUAUCGGGACAUUGAGCGACUCUAACGACUCAUUGAUUGUUGGACAGCACUCUGAUUGAAACCAGCCUAAAGAACAUCCCUCCUGAGCUCAGUAAAUAAUGCUAUCUAAGGUGACUCUCGGCAGUUACUCUUUGAUGAACCCGACAGACUGACUCGGGGAUUUCUGCUAUCAACUCAUUGACUAAAAGAUCUAUAUGACCAUUAGGAGUUUUAUUGUCACUUUAUCAACACUGAGUAACAGGUCUGAUACCCUUUCAGGAGGGAUAUUAAUCCGAAGUCCGUGAAUUGAAAGUGUGAAAAUCAAUUAACAAUUAUUUCAUCUGCACUGUGAAGAACCAAGUGAAACACUAUUCAGUUGAUCAUGAAUGAGUGUCUUAAAUUUUGGUCUGAACUAUCUUAAAGCUUAUCUAUACCACUUAAGCUAAAUAUGAGUAAAGAAAAAUGAACUGUUUUGGAAUGUGUAGUCAUCAGACUUGUAUAGGAAUGGGCACUAAGGCAGUUAUGACUAAUGAACGAGCGGUUGGGUUUCACCGAUAAUGUCUGCCAUGUUUACUAUUAGCAUGCAAGUAAUUUUUCUUUUUUAAUAAAACACACACAGAACCGUACUCACUACAGGAAAGCCCUUUACUAUGUAUGCAGGAAUUCCAUCCUCGUCAGUGGGGGUUGGGGAGGGUGGGGGGAGUUGGGAAUCUGCCACGUAAGAUAGAAACUGCUAGUUAAAAUGUGUGCACAUACCUGCAUGUUAAUAUGCCUUACAGAUGACUUCCUGUAUGGCUUUUACAGGGUCACUUGGCUGACCUUUGGAUCUGAAAUGUUGACUUUGUGUAUUUUAAAGUGAAUGGCACAUAUGGUGCUUAUACAAGGGGUAGCUCCUUGUUUCUAUAUAAAGUUCUAUUUUUUAAAUGGCAGGGCUAUGUUAGCCUUUGCUCACAGGUACUUGAAUGUCUGAACACUUGAAGGAGUGCUGAGCGUGUGGCCUUUUAAUCACUUUAUUUUGGUUAAUAAUGGUUCAGCCUAGUUUUAUAUCUGUAAUUCAUUUAUUUUAAAUAGAUAUCCCAAUUCAUCUCGUGUGCUGAAUCUCCAAUCUACGUUUAGACAUUUCAUAAUUAAGGAUGUGAAAAAUAGGCCUUGUUAUAAUGUACAUAAUCUUGUAUAUUUAUUAUUCUGACAGAAUUGUGUAUAGUGUAUGGUUUCAAACAGAUUGACAAAGCAAUGUGGGAAUAAUUAGAUGGAUAACUGUAAAGCAAAACAAAUUAUUUUGUAUAAGAUGUACAUUUCUGAGGUUUUCUAACAUUUCCAAUGUUUUUUCAUAAUGUAUCAUUGCUUUAUAUUAAAAAACCCCACACUGGUUGGAAUAACAUGACUACACACAGUUAGUGGGAUUAAACCUACAGAGGAGUGGAGAGAAUACAAAGCCAUAUAUUGUGAUUUACUGCAUUAGCUUUCAAAACAUUAUAGCUCCAUGAAAAGUAACCUUUGUAUAGAUAGUAUCACCAAAGACUUCCAUAUGAUAUGCAGAUGUCUUCAUUAAUUUAAUUGUAUUCUUAGAAGCAUUUGCAGUUUAAGUAUAUCUGUGUUAUUGAACAUAGAUAUUGAAAGAUGGAUUUUCAUGGUUUCACUACAUUUUCUGCUGCUUUUUGUGUUUUUCUUUGCAGCUUGGGAGCUUUUGCACACUUCCUACUAGCCACCCUUCUUUGUGUACAUUGCAAAUGUAUACUGAUAUGAUUGUAUGUCACAAUUAUUGCUAGCUGAUUCUGGUGAAGGAGGGUUUACAUGCUAUCGCUCCAGAGCCAUUACAUUUGCAGUUUUCUUCCCCAGUCAUCUCUCUGCCAUUUGCUGACCCAUUUCAUAUAUUUGGAGUGCCCAUUUUUGUUUUGUGGUUGCGACUAAUUCAGUAACAUUUACAAAUGAAGUAGGACAGAAUGCCAGCCAGAUUUAGGAUUGAUUACUAUAAAUUAAAGAAUAGCAGAACAACUUUAGGUAUUACACCCUUGGAUUUUAUUGCAUGUCAAAUACUUUUCAAGCUCUUCUGAAUUCAUUCAUCUUCUUAAUUUUCAGAAGAGUUGCUAGAAGUAUUACUUGCAUGAAUGAUAGGUGGUUAUUUGUAGUAUAAAAAUAUUAAUCUCCAAUUAAAUAGUUGGUGCAAUUAAGUUCAGGCAAGUAAAUUUUUUAAAAAGUAUCGUGAAUUAUAUUAAAAGUUAUAGACUAAUUUGUUUUAACUUUAAACAGAAGUUUUAUAAUUUAAGUUUGUAAGGAUUGGAAGGAGAGACUUUAUUUGUUUCUAAAAUAAAUAAUUGCAUAAGUCAUUUUACUCAGUGACUUAUAGUCAAAGAUUUGGGUUUGCAUGUGGCCGCCUUCAGAAUUUAUGCAGAAAACUGGAACUGUAUCUCUCUGGAACCUCUCCAGUGACACACAACCUGUUUAAGAAUUCCAUUACAAAUACUGGACAAAGAAGCUUUCCAUGUAAACCUUCGCACCAGUCCUUAAGUCUUAUCCAGAGGUAUAAAUGGUUACAUUAGGGGGAUUCAGAAUGUUAUGUCCUUAGCUUCUCUUCCACAGGAUAACCCCUUUGCUUCAGGAGCACUGGAAUAAUUAUUAAAUGAUGCUGACAUUCCUGGGGCAGAUUUCAGUCCCAAGGGUAUAUAUUCUGGUGCUGCAUGUUUCUCUAUGGUUAUUAAUUUUUGACUAUUUAUAAUGAAUUUGUUCCACACACAAAGUAUUCCAUUAUCCUGUGCACCCCACAACACCUUAAGUUUCUGCUUCUGUAAUUAGUAGUUUACAUUCGUUCAUUUUUAUAGAUAUAAAUGAUUAAAGACUAGAAAAUAAAUGGAAAUUUUGUAAGAUUUGGUUUUUGUUAAAAAUAAAUGAAAUUUGAUAAUA